GGUUUCGGUUACUUCCCUUCUUCAGCCAUUUUGUGAGAAAAAAAUACAACGGAAAAGAAGCGUAUUUCAUGUAAUAUAGAAUGAUGGUAAAAGAUGUAAGCUACCGAAAAUGCCGACCACUCUUCCCAAAAUGUUCAAUUCUGAGUUGGCCAAUACAACAUGGAAACAUGCAUCCAGCACUUUAACUUGAUUACGAGGAAAAAGUGACAUUCUUUGAUUGAAAUUUACCAUUCUUUAUUACAAGGCGAGGCUUCUUGUGCAAAAUAUUGUUGGUAAUUUAGAAAUUAUAAUGGAGGAUACGAAUGCUGCCUUAGAUGUAAUACAUAUAAAAAGAUUGUUUGCAGCAGCGUGGAUGUAGAAUAUUGCAAUUUCUGUGUAAAAUUGAAACAUAGCGGAAAAUUCGGCAUAUACAUUUUACAUGCAUGAUUUAUAAAUUAUUGUGUAUUUUACUUUUACUUUGGACAUAAUUCGGUGAUAAAAGGUGAUAAGAUUGGAAUACUGCCAUUUAAUCUGUGUGGUUUAGUGAUACAUUUAUAUUACAUUAUAUGUCAUGGGAAUACUUUUGUGUUAAACUAACUUUACAUAUGGAUUUCUCACCUAAAAAGUGAUACCAGAAAAACAUAGUAGAUAACAAUGUCACAUAGAUUCCCGAACCAAAGUUUUCAGCCAAAUCAAAAUAUACCUAACAGAGGUAUGCGUGGGUCUGGAAUGAACUCUAACCAAGGUUUUCAGCCAAAUCGAAGUCUGUCUAAUAGAGGUAUGCCUGGUAAUGAAAUGAACUCUAACCAAGGUUUUCAAUCAAAUCAAAGUGUACCUAACAGAGGUAUGCGUGGGUCUGGAAUGAAUUCUAACCAAGGUUUUCAGCCAAAUCAAAAUAUGUCCAACAGAGGUAUGCCUGGUAAUGUUAACCAAGGUUUUCAGUCAGAUCAAAUUAUGCAUAAUAGAGAUAUGUCUGGUCCUGGAAUGAACACUAACCAAGGUUUUCAACCAGAUCAAAGAAGUAUGCCUAACAGAAGUAUGUCUGGUCCAAGAAUGAAUUCAAACCAAGGUUUUCAUUCAGAUCAAAGUAUUUCCAACAGAAGUAUGUCUGGUCCUCGAAUGAAUUCAAACCAAGGUUUUCAUUCAGAUCAAAGUAUUUCCAACAGAGGUAUGUCUGGUCCUCGAAUGAAUUCAAACCAAGGUUUUCAUUCAGAUCAAAGUAUUUCCAACAGAGGUAUGUCUGGUCAUGAAAUGAACUCAAACCAAGAUUUUCAAUCAAAUCAAGGUAUGCAUAAUAGAGGUAUGUCUGAUCUUGGAAUGAAUUCUAACCAAGGUUUUCAGUCCAAUCAGAGUAUGCCCAGCAGAGGUAUGUCUGGUCCUGGAAUGAAUUCUAACCAAGGUUUUCAGUCCAAUCAGAGUAUGCCCAGCAGAGGUAUGUCUGGUCAUGGAAUGAACACUAAUCAAGGUUUUCAAACUGAUCAAGGUAUGCCAAAUAGAGGUAUGCCUGGUCCGAGUAUAAACACACAAGGAAUGUAUAAUCAGCUUUGUGGCAAUCAGGGGAUGCCUCGAGGGAAUGUCCCGAUAUCCCCUGUGCAGGGUAAUGAACAGUUUCAAAUGCAGCAAGGUAUUCAGUUUGAUGGAAAUCCCCAAGGUCAAAUGGGUUCUGUAGGAAUGCAACACGGGUCCGUGCCCCAAAAUCCAAUACCACAAGGUCCUAUCGUUCAGCAUGUAAUGAUUCCAGUACCAGUUCCUGUUGGUGCUGAAAUACCGCCACAUUUGCUAAGACCCCAGAUUAUUACUUCUACUGGACCAGGUUUACCUAAUCAGGGUUCACAGAGCCAUGGUCAAUUUCCACAAAUACAAGGUCAAGGUCAAAUGACCGGCAUGCAAGGUCAGUUUCCAAGCACACAAGGUCAAUUUCAAGGUCAUGAUCAGACUCCCAACAUGCCGGUUCAGAGUAAUUUUACAGGAUUUCAGGGUGAAGGUCAGUUUCAGAAAUCUAAACCAGGAUUUCAAUCCUCCAACUUAAAUGCACCGGUCAGAGGCUCUGGUGUAGAUGAUUUAAGCUAUUACAUGGGGAAUGAGUCGAGAAAUGCAAAUAAAGACAGAGCAGGGGAGAGUACCUACAGGUCAGGGGACCAAGAUUUCAAACAAAGUCAACCUCAAUUGACCCCAGGGGAAAUUCAUGCUCGCAGGGCUGCAAAAGCUGCAGAAAAUAGGCAUCGUAGUCAGGAACGAAGGUUUCAAAUUCAACAAAGAAUUGCUCAAGAACAAGAGCUUGAAAGAAAUAGAAGUGAACAAUCUAGAAGUCGAAGCUCUAGUAAGCAUUCUUAUACAUCCGAACAUGUGGAGAGGUCAGAACAGGACUUUCAUAGAAAAACAAUUGAUAAUUCAGGUUAUAAUCGGGAACAAGUGGAUAGUUACAGGAGACAUGAUGAUCACGUAGUUAAAAAUCAAGAAAUUCGAAAUACUGGACAGUUUUUUAAAAACGAGAGGGAUAAUGUAUUUGAAAGUCGUGAAAGAUAUGAAAGAGAACAAAAAUCUGGACCACAAAUGGAUUAUGAAAGGCAAGAAGAAUAUAAUGAGAGAGUUAGUAGAAUGAAAGACUAUGAGAAAAAUCAAAGACCAAAUAGACAGGCUGAAUUUGACCAAAAUGAUAGUUAUAAAACACAGGCUAACUAUCAAAGGUACACAGGGCAUGUAAAAUAUGAAGGUGGACAAAGCUAUAGUAAAAAUGAUAAUGUGGACUAUGAAAACAAUCUUGAAGAUGUGCGAAACGUGCAGCACUCUGGUACUAAUGAUUAUAAAGGUAAACAAAGAAUUGAAUCUGAAAGGCAUUCAGGGGCUGUACUUUAUACUGAUGGUAGCAGAGAAGAACUAGAAAGUUCAGAUAGACCUAACUAUAGAGACAAUUAUAGGAAUGAAUCUGAGAAACAUCCUGAAGUUAUUCUAUUUACUGAUGGGAAAAGGGAAAAUUUUGAAGGUGUUAAUACACAAGAAUACAGAGAUAAACAAAGAAAUGAGUUUGAACAAAGUUCUGCAGCUAUUCUCUAUAGAGAUGGGAAGAGAGAAGACUUAGAAUGUAGAGGUAUUGAACGAUAUGACAGGGAGAAAAGAAAACAUAGUCCUGUCUCUAGUGAAAGAUCAAGUAGAAAAUUAAAAAGAGACUACAGUCCAGUUUCUGAAAGUAAAUCGCAUGGGGAUUUGAAAAUACACAUAAGUGAUAGAGGUAGGUGGAUUGAAACUGACAGAAAUUUAAGUCCUGUUUCAGAUGGUGAAGAUGAUAGGUUUGAGGAUGAAAGAGAUAGAGCAGACAGGAAUAUUUACAGUGCAAAGAAAACAGACUUUGAGAGAAAUUCUCUUGAUGGUGCUGAAAUGGUAUCGGACAGUGAAAGCUAUAUUGGUGAUAUUAGUAAAGCUGAGAUAACAAUUCAUGCACAGGAUUUAAGUCCUGUUUCUCAACAGUCUUCAAGAUAUGAAUCACAGAGGUUCGAUGGCGGAUCAGAAUAUGGUAAAUACCAGGGAGCAGAAAGAAUAAGCCCAAGUCGAUCAAGUCGUAGCAGACACUCUGAGGAAAGAAGAAGCCACUCACACCGAAGUCGCAACUCUGAAGAUAGGCAGAGGGAAAGAGGACCUAGUCAGGGAAGCUUUGAAUUGAAAGGACGUAUUUCUGACCAGAGAAGCCAACAACCUGAUAAAAGACUAGAUUUUCAGUUACAUGUUCCGGAUUUAUGCCCAGCUCACAACCAGAAGGGAUGUCAUUGGGAGGGAUGUACAAAUUUCCAUAUUUGUAAAUUCUAUGUUAUUGACUUAUGCAAGUUUGGAGAAUAUUGCACUAAAGGACAUGACAUAUUUAAGGGACAUCCAUAUGAGACUUUGAGUAAGAUAAACCCUGGAUUCAGACAUAGUAAUGUUACAGCAGAACAAGUCAAAUUAAUACUGAAGAAAAGAAUUUCAAACGAGCCACUUCCGAAGGAACUGGAACACAGAUUAACAACUUACAAAAUUGUUCGUCCUGAAACGGCAGGAUCUCCCCCUAGGGAACUUAAGCAGAAGGUGACUUCCUUCAAAACUGACCAAUCUUGCAUGGAACCUCAGCCGAGGGCAACACCCUAUCAAACUAAGAAAGAAAUAUCUCCACUCCGUGAACCAGAGAAUGUUGUUGCAGUUGAUCCAAGUUUUGAUGCUAGAAAUUAUGCUCCAGGUAAUUUCGUAAAGGUAUUUGAUGAAAAAGAAGAACUAAAGAAAAACCAGUCUAAAGCAAAAUCAGAUAAAAAGGACAUUGUAGAUGCUCGGACUAAAAUCGGUAGAAAAGCUAGUGAUAAAGAGCAGAAAGGUACUAUGAAUCAAACAGGAUCUGAAAGGAAAAGGCCAUAUUCUUUACAAAGAAAUAAGGACAGUCAAGGUGCACUGAAGUCUAGCGGAAGUGAAAAUAGAAAAGAAAAUUAUAAAAAGAAAGACACUUAUAACCUAAAGCAGAAAAAUGAAAAUUCUCCAGAGAAAAAGAGAAAACAAUCAAAAACAGACAAAACUCAAAAUGAAAGUAUGCUUAGUCCUGUUUCUGGUGAUGAAGAUGAUUGGGAAAAGUAUGAAAAAUAUGAGAAAAUUUCUGAAGAUGGAAUGUCAGAGAAAGAAGAUGGUCUUGACAAUGUUAGUUCUGAUGAUAGUAUUGAACAAGUGCAAGUAAAUAGAUCUGUUGAUAGUUUUCCUCUUCCAACACCAGAGAAUAUUGCAGUUCCCAUUGGAAUGAAUGAUCCGUUAGUUUUCAAUAGACCAUUGAAAAACAAUCCUCAAAGCUACAUAGGACCGCUGAAUAGACCCCCGCCAAUGUUUCCAAUUGCCGCCAACAAUAAUGCCCCCUUGUUCCCAGUUGUUCAACAAAAUCAAAACUUGGUGGCAGGAAGUACAGGGGGUGCCCUGCAAGGAUUUUCUGGCGUCCCUGGGCCCACUCCUGGCCUCUUACCAAAUCAUCUACCUUCUCCAGAGUUCAUGAAACAAGUGAUUCAAAACCUACCAUCAUUCAAAGUGGAAUCAUCGGAACAGAAAAACGUAUUUAAGAAUGACAAUAAUCCAGCUAGUACUGAAACUAAUCCACCAAAGAAGAAAAUAAAGUCAGAUAAAGUAGAAAGAGAUCCAGAGUUGAAAGAAACUAUAAAGAAAUUGUGGAAAUUUCCUCAUAAAGGAGUUGUAAAUAUGUCAAUUAUUGAAUUUGUGACCGAAACAGAAGCGUACAAGGAAGAAUUGAUCGCAGAGAUUGUUAAAAUUUUAGUAACACUUGAACUGCCUUAUGUGACAAUGAGGAAGUUACUGUCAGUCAUUAAGGAAAAAGUAUCAAUCAAUAUAAAGUCAGAGACAGACUUGAGAAAAAUUCUUGAUAUGUAUCCACACAAUUUCAAAAUAAUAGAAAUGGUAGAUUCGGAUGAUGAAAGUGAUGAAUUGGACACAAAGAAAAACGUUCAAAUUAAAGCAAAUAUUGGCAUUGGGUUUUGCGAAAAACAUGGAUUCCUACCAUUUGCAAUUGGGAAGUGUGAAUGUAAUGCCCUGCAUUUGUGUAAAUUUUAUUUCUUGAGUGACUGUCCCAUCAAACAUUGCAAGUUUGGACAUAAACUUAAAACAGAUCACAAUGUAGCAGUUCUCAAGCAGCAUAAGCUGCAUAGACUUACCGGCGAAGAGAUAAUGAAUUUCUUAGCAGAUGAAGACAAUAGAAACAAAGAGACAAUUCCAAGUAUUUGCAAGUAUUACGUGAGAGAGAAAGGCUGUUACAAGGGAGACAAUACAGACUAUGAAACAGUAUGUCACAGCCUUCAUUUGUGCUCGUAUAUCUUGAAAGGGAAGUGCAUGAACCGUGAAUGUGACAGAUCACAUAGCAUUCAUGAUAAACAGCCUCUGAGUUUACUUCAGAAGUAUGGACUUGAUCCAAAUGAAUUAGGUGAUGAAAAAGUCUUGCAGAUGCUGGGAGAAAAAUGUAUAGAGAAUGAAAAAGGGAAGAAAUCUGGCACAUUUAAGCAAAGCCAGCAGCCAAGAAGUAGUGUUAAAUCUAGAGCUGUGUCUGGAAGUAAUAAAGCAAACAAAGACAGUGAAAGUAGUACAGUUGAAGGUUUACCUAUACUUACUCGUAGUGAAACAAGAAUUUCUUCAAAAUACUUUGUGCAAAAUUUCAAAGCCCCUUCUGUUUGCAAGUUUUAUCAGAAUGCCUUGGGUUGUCGCAAAAAAGACUGGGGAGCAGAUGGAAAAUGUUUCUUUCUACAUAUUUGUCAACAUUAUGUGGCUGGUGAAUGUAACUAUGGAGAUAAAUGCAAAAGAUCACAUGAUCUGUUUUCAGGACAAGCAGCAGAAAUUCUGCAAAAAUAUAACUUUGAUCUUCAAAAAAUGACAGCUAAUGACAUUCUUGAAAGACUGAAUAGUAAUUCUGGAGCUCCAGUUGAAUUGCCAAACUCUGAGGACAGUCCAUUAGUUGACAAUGAAAAGGAAAAAAUAGAGAUAACUAUUGACUCUGUAGGUGAGCCUGAUGAAAUAGAUGAAUCAAAUUUUGAAAUUCCUCCACAUCCAAUGGAAAUUGAAACAAGAGUAAAUGUAGAGGAAAAUGAUGGAUUCACAUCUGAAACAGAAGUAACACCCAAAAAGGUAAAUGAUUCAGAUGGCAAAAGCAGUUCAAAAUCUGCAAAUAAAAACACCAGUUCAUUUGAAAGUCGUAAUAUUGAAGAUGUUAUUAAACACAUAAUGGAACACAAUAAGGUAGAUAAGAAGUGAAAAGGCAUGCAUGCAUUAAAAUACCUGGAUUCAACAUGCAUAAUUAUUGUAAAAUUGGAUAAAACUCAAAAUUAAAUGAAUGAGAAAACAUAGCUACAAAAUGUCUUGCCCAAGAAGGGUGAGUCAUUAAUUGAAAACAAAGGAGACCAAAUUCAGCAUUGAAGCUUUAACAUGUAAGGUCUUAUUCAGCAUUUUUAAAUGAAAAAGGUGUGAUUGGUGAAAGAUGAUAGAAGUUUGUCAUCUUUUUGAAUGGGUAUAUUAUUCAGUUGAUGUUUAUUAAUAAAUAAACUCAACUUUUUGCCCAAUGUUUUAUUAUGACACACUAGUUGCCUAAGGGCAGGUAUUUGUAAGGAAUGAUUAUGUCAGUGUUAAAUAAGUGAAAAAUAUUAAGGAGUUGUACAGUGUACAUUACAUAGUAUGUAUAGUGAUAGAUGAUUCCAGGUCCUUAGGAAGCAUUGUAAUUUUGCUUCUUGCCAAAGGUUGAGGGUAUCGGUGUAUCUAGGAUUCAAUUUACCCUAACUGCAUCUAUAAAUAUGUGUGUAUUAUACCAGGAAAAUGUAGAACGGAAGCAAACAACUUGGAAUUUAUUCUGCUUUGUAAGAUAAGGAGAAUGUUAUGCCAAUUUUUUUCUGAUGAAGAAGAAAAUUGCUAUGGGUAUAAUUGAAUGCAACAUCAUUUGAAAUUCACAGUGUUUAUUAUGAAGUGAUAAAAAUGUAAUACAUUGUGAAGGAGUUUUUGUCAAAAAUUCAAGCUCGUAUUGGAGAAGAGGAGAUAGAUGCAGCAAAUGUAAUCUACAGGAUAUGCUUUUGGAUUAAAUGGUGCCUAUAUAGUGUGAAGGAAAUAGAUGUUGUAUUUGUUUAGAUGUAUAUUUUGAUUAUUGUGUAUAGACUUUAAUGUUUCAUGUAGUUGUAGUUAGAAAAAUUGUCUAGUCAGUAUGGUGAUUUUGACUCUGGACUAUUUGGGAAAUUUAAUUACGGGUUUCAGUAACAAAGAUUUUUUUGUCCCAUACUAACCUCUUGCCUUCAGUAAAAGGCUUUUUUUUUCUGUUGAUAAAGUAUAUAAUAGUAGAGCAUGAGAGAUACUUUUCACAAGCAGAUUUGGAAAUUCUGAUUCAAAUUAUACUUGCAGGAUUUGGUUUAAAAAUUACUAACAUUUUACAGAGAUGGUCUGAGUUUUGUUCAGUCCACCUACAUUUUCCAUAACAGGUUUUUCCUUGAUUUCUUUUCAAAUAUGAGACAAUAACAUUGAAAUUAUACUAUUUGAUUUAAAGGAUUAUUAUAAUAGAAACCCCAUACUUUAAAAAAUAUCAUGAUUAAUUCUCAAAUUAUUAUCUAUUUCAGCCAUUUUAGACACCAAGAAAAUUAAAUUUUGGCCUUAUUUGUAGAUUGGUUAUUAUAAAACUUUCACUAUCAGUGUAAUAGUAAGCAUAAAUGCAGUAUUGCCAUACAAAAAAUGUAAAACUUCUUAAAAAUGUUUUUUUAGAAAUUAUGAUUUUGCAAGAUUUUUAUUUUACUGUGGGAAAACAUUUUUGGCCAUGAUUGACAUUCUUAAAGAUAUAUUUAAAAUUCAAGAAGAUAUUACUACUCUCAGAGACCUUUAGAAUGUGUAAUUCAUAAUAAUCUGGAUCUUGCAAAAUAAAGGGCUCCGCAGUUUGCAGAAAACUGUAGUACAGAUUAGUUGGAUCAAACAGUAGCUUUUUCCCCCAUUGAUUGCUGUUAGUCAUUCUUCUGUAACAUUAUUUCUAAGUAAAUAUUCACUCUUCUAAAACUGACUUGUAUGACAUGUUGCAUGGUUUUGAUUAAUUGAUACCAGUUUUGUGAUUUUUCAUUCUUACAUGACUAGUUCCCACUGAAACAAGACCAAAAGAUAAAUAUACAGUCCCACCCACUUUAAUUUUCAUAUUUUGAAUAUUAACAUAGAAAUAAUUUAUGAAUAUUACCUUGGUCUAUCUUUUGCAUAGCACAAAUUUAGAGUAACCAUAUUCACCAUUUUCCUACCGCUUGUUGAUUAGUGCAUUUAUAUAUGUAGUAGAUAGUGAUUUGUUAAAUUUUGUAUGUAACACUGUUAGGAAUGAUAAAGGUUAAAUGCACCAUGCUAUUUGCAAGGUAUGAAUCCCUAAGUUUACCAUGGCAUUUUAGAAGAAUUAUAAAGUUAAGCCCAUUGUUUAUAAAUCUAGUUGUUUUAAUGAGACAAUUGAAAAAGGGUAUAUGUAAAAAUUUGACCAUACAAUCUUUUCUCACCUGUGGCAAGUUUGUCUAAAAAGGAGUUUUUGGUUAAGUUUUUGUAUGUAAGCUGGUAUCUCAGUACCCACUAAUGGGAAUGUAUUGAAAUUUCACACACUUGUCCACUGUCUUGAGCUGAUAAGCACUGUGCAGGUUCCAUAACCCAAUUUUCCAUUUUUACAAAAUUAUGCCCCUUUUUCGACUCGUAUUUAUUUAAUUGACAAGGCUGUUUAAUAGUUAAGCGUUGAUGUCCUACGACAGCUCUUGUUUUUCUCGAAGUUAUGAUUUUAGAUUGUGAGCAAGAAAGGUUACUUAGGAUGCCUUCUCAAGAAAACAGAGUUCAUUACUUCCCUUUAUAUCAAAAUCAUUGAUAAACCUGUUAAAAUAAACAGAACAUUUUCAGUAUACAGGUGGUUGCUAAAUGGCCAAGGAAUGUCAUUGUACUGAACUUUCAGAGUUAUCAGUUUGUUCCAUUGAGGAUAUUUCUAUAAAAAAACUGCCAGGCCUAAUGCUUUCAGCCUUUACACAUGUAUUCAGCAUUGUUAGAUGACCUCACAGGGCAAGUAACAUAGCUCAAGCUUUAAAUUUGUUAAAAUUAUGCCCCUUUUUGAACAUAGACGAUGUUCUUAAAGUUUUGCAUGUAAGCAAGUUGCCCAAAAACUACCCAGCCAAUUUUUUUUUCAAAUUCUCCACUUGUCUUUGGCAUCAUGACUUGACAUCACUUGGUAAGUUUCAUAAGUCUGACUUACAUUUUGGCACAAUUUUCCUCCUUUCUUAAGUUAAAAAAAAUAUGAUAAAACUUUUGUAUUAAUAAAGCUUGUGUUAGUGGAAAAGCUUCAAAUAAAUGAGUGCACUGUCAUUAAGACAGCUCUUGUUUAUAACCAUACACAAUUGUUGUUUAAAGCAAAGUGGUCCAGUUACAUAAACAAAAAGGCAUUAACAACUAAUAGAUGUGGAUUCACAAACAAAUAAACAUUAUACAAUUUUGCAACUACUGACUAAUAGAUAAAAAAACUUGUACAUACAAUUUUAAGACUUCCUACACAAAAAGGUGGUUAAAAAUAUUAACAGUAGGCAUUAAAAACAGACAGUAUUUCUUUAAAAAUUUAUAAAAAAAAUUCCAUAACUUUGUUUACUGAUUGGGAAAUACAUGGUGUUGAGAAAUACCUGCUUCAUUUGAUUUAGUGUGAUGAUUUGCCCUCAAUUCACUUAGGCCGAUUAACAUAGUUUCUAUAGUAUGAAUUCUGUAAUGAUGAAUAAAUGAAGUAAUGAAA